UACAUUAUACUUUUACAGACCAACUGUCUAUCAUAAAACUUUGCCCUUUAUUCAUUAACACCCAAUCGAAAGUCAUGGCAUCCAAGCAGGGACGAUCCAGCUACAGGAACACAUUCGGAAGCCAAACAGCUUAUUCUACUGCUGGUUCCAAGGGUUAUUCCAAAAGCUUUGUAAUGGAAGAACCAAUCGCAGCAAAGCGAGUGUCUUAUUCUUAUUCUGCAUCUUCCAGCGGCGGAGGUGCUACUGGGGCCAACUUAGACCUCGGCGGUUUGAAACUGAAUGAAAAAGAGACCCUAAACGGCAUCAACAACCGGUUUGCUUCUUACAUUGAAAAAGUCCGUUACUUGGAGGAACAGAAUUCAAAACUUGAGAAGAGAAUCCGAGAGGCAAGCGCCCGAAAGACGGUUGAUCUUGGAGAAGAUAAACUUCAAAAACUGAGGCGUUUGAGAGCUCAAGUUGAUGAAGCUACACUUGCAAAGGUUCGCUCCGAAAUUGCUCGAGACAACUUAAGAGGGGAAGCGUCUGAGAUCAAAUGGAAAUUGGAACAUGAAGGCCGACUUCGUUCUGAACUUGAUGACGAAUUGGGAAGACUUCGUAAGGAUGUUGAUGACGCAACAAUGGUGCGCGUUGAUCUGGAACGAAAGAUCGAAACCCUCAGAGAGGAACUUGAAUAUGGAAAGAAACUUCACGCAGAGGAGAUUGAUGACUUGAAAGCACAAGUUAGAGAUCAAGGAGUCAACGUGGAAGUUGACGGGAUCGCUCCGGAUGUUGCCGAGCUUCUCCGACAGAUCCGCGCUCAAUACGAAUCCAUUGUCCUCAAGAAUAAAGAUGAGGCAGAGCAAUGGUACAAGAACAAGUUUGAGGACUUGGAAGAAAGGGCGAAGGUUAACGUUGAAGACAUGGAGAAGGUUCGUGCUGACAUCAACGAUUACAGAAAACAAGUCACUCAGCUUGAAAUGGAGCUUGAGUCGCUCAGAGGAACGAACGACUACCUCGAACGAAAUUUGGCCGACGUGGAAAAACGCUACGAGGUUGAAGCAGCUCGUUACCAGAGCAGGGUAGCUCAACUUGGAUCAGAGUUCGAUCAUGCACAAGGGGAAAUGAAACGACACUUGGCUGAAUACAAACGAUUAAUGAGCGUCAAGAUUUCUCUGGAGAAAGAGAUUUUGACAUACAGACGCUUGCUGGAAGGCGAAGAGAAGAGAGUUUCUUCGAGCAGUUCUAGCAGCGAUGACGACGACGAAGCAUACCAGACCAAAACAACGAAAAAAGUUAUAGUAAAAACCAUAGAGACCAGAGAUGGAAAGAUUGUAUCUUCUUCCAUUUCGGAGAAACAACUUUUGGAGGACAAAUCUGAUUCGUCCAGCUCAUCCUCAUCCAGUGACGAAGAGUAAAAUAGGAAACGGUGUUGAUAGAAACCGCAAGCGGUACAACUUUGCGACUAAUUACUGCCGUAGUAUUUGUAGAUCCUGUAUCCUUGUAGCGAUUUAAUUGUAACCACAUAACUAUAUAUAUUAUUAGGGGCCGAAUAGAGCAAAGCUGCUUAGGUUUCGGUGCAACAAAACAAGCUUAACACGAUUCUUGCGCUUUUCUGUCUUACCUAACACGGCUCUCGCGACUUUUACUGACAUUCGUUCCAACAAAUUGUUGUGCAGUUUUAUUCAUAACCCAUUGUACAGUGCUCAUUGCAUUCCUACAAGACAUAAUUCUACGAAACUAUUCCAUCCCUGUUGCAACAGUUUCUUGCAUGUAACUUGAUAACAAUUUGUACAAAUUGUACAGAUAUUACUACAGCACGCCAGUGAGAUUAACAGUAGUAGGUAAAUCUUGUACUUUUAAUCAACAAUUGUAGAGGAUUAUGCAUCCUAUUUGAGUCCGCUGUUAUCUAUAACUCUCUUUUUCAAGGCGUUAUAAAAGUUUCACAUGUCUACUUCGACUAAGAGAUUGUAUAUUUGUAAAAUGUGCAUAUACCAAUUGCAAAUAAAUACGACAAGAGGUGAAAAAACAA